UUGCAUCUGUCAACGUUUAGUUCUUUUAGAAUUAAAAUGUUCCAAUUACGACACUUAAAAAAUUUCAAUAGAAUAAAUACCGUGCUUCGGGUGCGGUCUGUGCCGCGGACUUGUAUUAUUUAUCAAAAGGUCACUGAUAUUACCAAUAAGUUAUGUAGCAGUCAGCAGCUACAGUUGUGUCGGCAAAUUCAUGUAGGAGAGGUCGACCAGAAGUAUAAUAAAAACUCCAGACAACAAGAUGACGAUGAAGAUAGUGACGACGAGAGGACUACGGAGUUUAAGGAUGAACGCGAUUCUAAAGUAUUGAAGACUAGUGUAAACUCCUUACGCGCGGACCUGCUACUGAAAGCGGGCUUGGGAAUGGCUAGAAACAAAGUAGAGACUAUUUUCUAUGAGAGCAAAGUACGAGUGAAUGGGAAAAAAAUUAACAAGAAAAGCGUUCAGCUCGAUGUAGGGGAUGAGAUCGACGUGGUGCGUGGUUUUAGUCAGACAAAUCCAACACAUUUGGUGAUAUCCCGUGUGGUUGUUCUCGACGUCAAUGAGCGUGAUGAAGGGUACAGUGUACAGUUGAGACGCUACAAAUCUUUGCUAAUAGACAAUUAUUCUGGUCCCAAUGCCUUCAAAUCGUCAGAGAGUACGCAGCAUUGAUAGUAAUGUUAUAUUAUUGGGUUACAAUUUUACAUUAAGUAAAUGAAAGGUUAGAAAAAAUAUAUAAAUAGCUCUGAUCAUAAAUAA